CCCCCCUCACCCCCCAAAUGUAGAGAAUCGCAGCCCUUAAUUUCCUAUAAUUUUAAAGGUUCUUUUUAUUUUUUUUCUUCCAAAAGGGGCCUUCAGUAUUUGGGUUCUGCGACAUGAGCAAAGACAAAGAGAGGCCACCGGAGCCUCUUGAUUUCUUUAUAUGGACUGUUGAGGAUGUUGGCUUGUGGUUGGAAGAAAUAAAUCUUGGUAGCUAUCGCCAAGUUUUCAAAGAAAAUGGGGUCAAUGGUGAGUAUUUGGAAGGGAUGUCAAUGUUCACAACCGAACAGAUCCUUCGGUUCAUAAGGAAGUGCCAUAUGAAAUGGGGUGACUUUAUAACCUUGUGCAAGGAGCUGAGGCGAAUAAAAGUGGCUUGCUUGAAAGGGGAGCAAAAGGUACGACGACCUUGGUGGGCUCCGUCUUGUCUUUCGGUUGUAUUUGUCAAGGCAGCGAAACGCAACAGGCAGUCUCGAGUCGUGUCUUUGAAGCUGGAACCUUGAUGUAGAUUUGCUUGUAUGUAACUACUUUUGAUUUUCAGUUGUCCCAUGUGUGGGAAGCCUAGAAAAGUAGGAAAAGGAAUACAUAAUAUAUUUCCUUUUGUUCUUAAAUUUUGCUAAGCAAUGUUGGGUUCAUCUUCUUCUUGGGAGGAGCCUUUCUCCUUUGUCUGCACAAAACUAUAAUAGUUCACUUUCUUUUGUUUGGGAUUUGUUGAGGAACAACAUAUCUAUAUAUAGACAAAGAUGUUUGGGUUCUGUA